AUGAAGGCCCUGAAGGACGCCGAGGCCGAGGGCUGCAGCGCCGGCGACGUCGACACCGGCUCGAGCCUACCCCUGUGGGAAGCCGGCCUCGCUACCCUCAUCCUCAGCUUCCUUAUAAUCUCGACGAUCCUCGGCAACGCCCUGGUCAUCCUGAGCGUGUUCACGUACAGGCCGUUGCGCAUCGUCCAGAACUUCUUCAUCGUCUCGCUGGCGGUGGCGGAUCUCGCGGUCGCCAUCCUCGUGAUGCCCUUCAACGUCGCCUACCUAAUCCUGGGAAAGUGGAUAUUCGGUAUUCACCUGUGCAAGCUCUGGCUGACCUGCGACGUCCUCUGCUGCACCGCGAGCAUCCUCAACCUCUGCGCCAUAGCGCUCGACCGCUUCUGGGCGAUCACCGAUCCCAUAAACUAUGCGCAGAAGCGCACCCUGAAGCGGGUCCUUGGCACCAUAGCCGGGGUUUGGGUCCUGUCCGGGGCGAUAAGCUCGCCCCCGCUUGCCGGAUGGAACGACUGGCCGGAGGAGCUCGAGCCCGGGACGCCCUGCCAGCUGACCAGGCGCAAAGGCUACGUCGUCUACUCGGCCCUCGGUUCCUUCUUCGUGCCCCUGCUGAUAAUGAGUCUCGUCUACCUGGAGAUAUUCUUGGCGACGAGGCGCCGGCUCAGAGAGCGGGCUAAGCAGAGCAGACUCGGUCCGGCGCCCUCGGGCCCGAGGAACCGUGACGCGGAUGAUAUCGAGGAGUCGGUCAGCUCCGAGACCAACCACAAUGAGAAGUCGACGCCACGCUCGCAGGCCAAGCCCUCCCACGCCGACGAGGAUAAUGCCGAGGCGCCGCCCCCGACCUCGACGCCACCCAAGGCCGCAGGUAACGACGAGCGAUUUCGUCGUGGCGGAAGCAGCUCGGGCUCGGGCUCGGGGCACGCGAGGCGGGGUGGCCCCGGGACUGCUACAAGCUCGACCGUUUACCAAUUUAUCGAGGAACGUCAGAGGAUCUCGCUGUCCAAGGAGAGGCGAGCGGCCCGUACCCUCGGCGUCAUCAUGGGCGUUUUCGUUGUCUGCUGGCUGCCCUUCUUCCUCAUGUACGUCAUCCUGCCGUUCUGCUUGAGCUGCUGCCCCUCGGAACGGCUCGUCUACUUUAUCACCUGGCUCGGAUACAUAAACAGCGCCCUCAAUCCUCUCAUCUACACCAUCUUCAAUCUCGAUUAUCGGCGAGCCUUCCGACGGCUUUUGCAUAUACGCUAAAGGCUAAGUAAUCGCCGUAUCGGCUGAUCUUUCGAUACU